ACGAUGGGUAUUGUCAUAGGGAUCAUAUGUGCCUUUAUUAUAAUUGUGCAAUUCAUAAUUGGGAAUGUUGCAAAUGGAUUCAUAGCACUGGUGAACAUCAUAGACUGGGUAAAGAGAAGAAAAAUCUCUUUAGUGGAUCAGAUCAUUACUGCUUUGGCUAUAUCCAGGAUAGAUAUGCUGUGCUCUACAUUCUUAAUUAUACUAAUAACUUCAUUGUAUCCAGAUCUAAAUACGGCUGUGAACAUGGUAAAAAUAAGCAAUAAUAUCUGGAUUGUUGCCAAUCAUUUCAGCAUCUGGCUUGCUACAAGCCUCAGCAUCUUUUAUUUCCUCAAGAUAGCUAACUUUUCUAACUAUGUUUUUCUCUGCUUAAGGUGGAGACUUAGCAAAGUGGUUUCAGUGACAUUGCUGCUCUCUCUGGUCCUCUUGCUUAUGAAUAUUUUAAUAAUGAACAUGCAUAUUGAUACCUGGAGUGAUGGAUUCAAAAGAAACGUCUCUUUUGGCUUCAGAUCAAAGAAUUGCACUCUCUUUUUCAAACUUGCUCUUUUAAUCAACACAACGUUCACGUGUGACCCCUUCACUGUGUCCAUGGUGGCGUUUCUGCUUCUCAUCUUCUCCCUGUGGAGACACCUGAAGAACAUGCAGUACCAUGCUAAAGGCUCCAGAGACCCCAGCACUGCCGUGCAUAUAAAGGCCUUACAAAUGGUGGUGGUCUUCGUUCUGUUCUACACAUUUUUCUUUUUGUCUCUUGCCAUACAACUUUGGACGUCCGAGUCUCUAGAGAAAAACAAUCUGUUUUAUGUCACUCUUAUAAUUACUUUUCCUUCAGUCCAUUCAUGUAUGCUGAUUCUGAGAAACAGUAAACUGAGGCAGGCAUCUCUUUUGGUGCUGUGGUGGCUGCUGUGCAGAUCCAAAGACAUACAGACUUUGGUUCCCUGA